AUGUUAUUUAAUCGAUUUCAACAAUUAAAUCUUGUGAAAAAUAUAAUUCAUCGAAAGAAAUGGACACAUUCACGAGUUUCAUCAUGUGGUACAUAUCAUAUUUGUUUAAAUACUCAACAACCACUUUAUCAUUAUCGAUUUAAAAAUGUUCUACCAUUUCAUUCACCUGGUUUAGCACCAGUUAUUGAUCAAACUGAAGAAGCAUAUCAUAUCGAUGAACAUGGUGAAAGUGUUUAUUCUCAACGAUUUCAUCGUACAUUUGGUUUCUAUGAAGAUCUUGCUGCUGUACAGAAUCUUGAUUAUUGGCAUCAUAUUACAAUACAAGGUUCUCCUGCUUAUAAGUCUGUAUGGCAAUGGUGUGGUAAUUUUCAAUCACAUCGAUGUCCUGUUCGAGACUUUGAUCUAAAAUAUUAUCAUAUUGAUCCUAACGGACGAAUUAUUUCAGGUCCACAUUCAUAUGCUGGUGAUUUUCGAGAAGGCAGUGCUGUUGUUCGUAGUAUAGUUGAUGGUCUUUUUCGUGCUAUUGAUGAGAAUGGUGAUUUACUUCAUUCAUCAUCGAAGAAAACAAGUUUUUUCGAUCUUGAUGUUUAUCAUAAAGGUCUAGCACGAGUACGAGAUGAAAAUGGUUGGUUUUUUAUUAAUCGUGCUGGUGUUGAUAUUGGACAAGGUCGUCGAUAUCGUCAAAUUGAAAAUUUUUAUAAUGGUCAAGCACUUGUUCAAUUAUUUCAUGAUGGAUCAAGAUGUAUUAUCGAUGAACAACAUCAUAUAUUAGCUCGAUUACAUAAUUGUCAUGAUGAAAAUCGUGCUGAUAUUGAACAAAUUUCAAAAAAUUAUUGGUCAUCCUUCGCACUUAAAAUAGGUUUAGAUCAAAAAAUAAAUUUACUUGAAGAAAAUCAUCAAUCUAGCAAUCAUGAUUACAAUUUAAGAGAACAAAUUCGUCGAGUAUGGAAUGAAUUUGGUUUUCUUGAAUUAUCACCUAAUAAUAAGACUUAUACUAUAACAGAUCGAGGUCGUCUUCUUUUUGAUUCCGAUAGUAUUAUUCGUGAUCGUGCUCUUUAUUGGUUAUUAGAUCGACAUAUAUCAGCUUGGUUACCAACUUUUAAUUUUCAAAAACAACAUAUUUCAAAAAUUGAUUUUUUUUCUCAAAUAUCUAAAACACCUGAUCUUGUUGCUUUGACACAAAGAGUAUUAAAUUCAUAUGCUGAUCAUGAUUGGCAUGAUAUUACAUCUGUACUUCCAAAUGAAUUAUUUCAAUCAUCUACUAUUGUCGAUCUUGGUGGUGGAAUUGGUGCUUUAUUACGUGAAUUAUCAAAACAUUGUUUUAAUCAACGUUUAAUUUGUAUUGAUCGUCCUGAAGUUAUUCAUUUAGCUUCAUAUCAUCCACAAAUUGAAUUUUUAAGUGCAGAUCUAUUUUCUGGUUUUUUACCUUCAGCUGAUUUUUAUUUUUUAUCUCGUGUACUUCAUGAUUGGCCUGAUGAGAAAAUUAAAAUCAUUUUAAAUCGCAUUCCAUCAAAAUAUCUCUGUAUAAUCGAACGUGAAGUCGAUUUAAAUAUUAACCAACAUGCUCUUCUAUCAUUACAUAUGUUUUUAUUACAUGACGCUAAAGAACGAACUCGUCAAGAAUGGAAUAAUCUAUUUUCAGCAACUGGUUGGUCUGUUCAAUCAUAUACACCAUUUUCAGGUCAUAUAAUUACUCUAUUGAAAAAAGAUAAUUAUAUUGAACAUAAAUUACCACUAUCAAUUAAUGCUUGUCGAAAAAAUUCUGUACGUAAGGUUGUUCUUCCUAUUGCUGGACUUGGCCUACGAAUGCGUCCUCAAAGUGUAAUUUUACCAAAAGUUUUUUUACCUAUUGUACAAUCAAAUUCUCUGACAUGGCAAUGUCGUCCAGUAGUUGAUCUUCUUCUUGAACAAGUCUUUACCAAAGGAACUGAUAUUGAACAAGUUUUAUUUGUUAUUGCACCUGAACAGUUAGAUUUAUUUCAAUCAUAUUUUUCAUCUUAUCCUCAUAAGAAUAUCGAUUAUAUUUUACAACAAUCACCAAAAGGUUUUGGUCAUGCUAUUCUACAAGCUGAAUCAUAUAUUGAUAAUGAACCAUUUGUUGUUAUGUUAAGUGAUCAUCUUUAUCAGUCGAAUAAUAAUCAAUCAUGUUUACAACAAUUACUCAAUGCAUACCGACAAAAUAUUUCAAAUCAAUCUAUUAUGGGUCUUACAGGAAUCAUGACGUGUACUUUAGAAGAAGUUUCAGAAACUGGUCUAUUACAAUCAAAUAUAAAUAUGAAAGAUAAACAAUUUUUUGAAAUUACAGAUAUGAUAGAAAAACCUUCUAUUGAAAUAGCACUUAAUCAUUUUCAAUCUCGAAUAUUCAAUAAUCGUUUUUUAUGUCAAGCUGGUAUUGAUAUUUUACCAUCGACAAUUUUUUAUCAACUUCGACAAUAUGAACAAAAAUUAAAAGAAGAAAAUACAAUUUCAGAACUUGGUUUACGUGAAGCAAUGAAUAAUCUUCGACAGAAUGGACAAUUACAUGGUUGUUUAUUAGAUGGUGAACGAUAUGAUAUUGGUAAUCCUAAAGAAUAUUAUCGUACAUUUCAUGCAUUUGCUUUUGAGAAAAAAAAUCAAUUAUUACAACAAAAUUCUUCUAUAUCCAAAGCUUGGCCAUUAGUACAACACAUUGAUAAAUUACGAAAAUUAUUCUCAUUAUCUAAGAAACCAGUAUAUAGUGCUAGUGCACCUGGUCGUUUAGAUGUAAUGGGAGGUUUUGCUGACUAUUCUGGUUCUCAUGUACUUCAAUAUCCAAUUUCACAAAGGACUCAUGCAUUUGUUCAAGUUUCUGAUAUAAAUACAGUUCAUAUGAUUAGUAUUCAAACAGAUCGAAUUGAUGUUGAUUCAAUCAAUGAAAAUAAAUUAAUUAUAUGGGAACGUGAAAUUCCAAUGAAUAUACUCUUAGAUCAUAGUCAUACAUUACGAAAACGAUUAGAAACAUGGUAUAAACAACAACAACACAAUACAUUAUUUUCAUCUGAUGAACCAAUAAAUUGGCCAAAUUAUAUACUUGGUAUUUUAUCUCAAUUGAUAGAUAAAAUUGAUAAAACAUCGAUUCCAAUCGGUUUCAAUGUAAUUAUUAUUUCUGAUGUACCAUGUAAUAAAGGUGUAGCUUCAUCGGCUGCUCUUGAAGUUGCUGUUGCUCGUGCAGGUAAUUCUAAAGUAUAG